CAUACCCGCCCACCGCCCAGUCAUUUGCUCAUUGGACUGAUCCCUCAACAGUCGCAGAAAAAAACCAGACCAAAGCUCGAUCCUGCUUCACUGCUUCCACAGCAAUGGCGUCCCUCUCUCGCCCCUUCUCUCUCCUCCGCCUCCUCAGACAGUACCGCGUCUCGUCCCCAUCCCACCAAAACCCAACAUAUCCGAACCCUUCCCGCUUCAAUUCCCUCUCGAAUUCCAUCUCUACUAAUCCCCCUCGAAAAAUCUGCUGCAACAACAUUGGCAGCAGCACCACCACCAACACCAGCGAAGUAGCCCACGAGUUCCGAUUCUUCCGAGUCUACAGAGACGGCCGGGUGGAGAAAUUCCGCCAGACCCGCAAGAUCCCUCCCUCCGACGACCCCGUCACCGGGGUCCGGUCCAAGGACGUCGUCAUCUCGCCCCAACCCCCCGUGUCCGCCCGCGUUUUCCUCCCCGAGAUCCGAGACCCCAAGUCCAAGCUCCCCGUGCUGCUCUACGUCCACGGCGGCGGGUUCUCCUUCGAAUCCGCCUUCACUCCCGACAUCCAUAAUUACGUUAGCUCAAUCGCCGCCAAGGCCGAAGCGGUCGCCGUCUCGGUCGAGUACCGGCUGGCCCCGGAGCACCCGAUCCCGGCUUGCUACGACGAUUCUUGGGCCGCGCUCCGGUGGGUCGCGGCCCACGCGGGCGGGGCCGGGCCCGACGCGUGGCUCAACCGCCACGCCGAUCUGGGCCGCCUCUUCGUCGCCGGGGACAGCGCCGGAGGGAACAUCGCGCACGACCUGGCGGUCCGGGUCGGGCCGGGCGGGUUGCCCGGGGUCAGGCUCGCGGGGAUGGUGCUGGUGCACCCGUAUUUCGGGGGGACCGAGGACGACGCGAUGUGGCUGUACAUGUGCCCGGAGAACGGCGGGCUGGAGGACCGGAGGCUGAGGCCGGCGGCGGAGGAUCUGGGCCGGGUCGGGUGCGAGAGGGCGCUGGUCUUCGUGGCGGAGAAGGAUCACCUGAGAUGGGUUGGGGCGAGGUACGCGGAGGAGUUGCGGAGGAGCGAGUGGGGAGGGACGAGCGUCGAGCUGGUGGAGAACUUUGGCGAAGAGCAUUGCUUCCACAUAAGCGAUCUCAGGUACGAGAAAGCUGCUGAGCUGGUGGACAGAUUUGCAUCCUUCAUCAAGGAAACUUGAUUAAUUCAUUUUUCAUUCGAAUAAUUGCUAAUUAAUCAAAUUGGUUAGUGCAA